AUGGAAAAUUCUCAACAACAAUUUAAAAUUGAUGUUUUUAUUAGUAUUAAAUCAUCAUCGAGUCAAUAUAUUAAGAAUCAUCCACUCUUGUUGAGUUAUAUAUUAAUACAAUUGGUAGAACAAUCAGAGAAAAAGACACUUGUCUUUACAAAUUUCAAUCAUGUUUUGAAAACUAGUAUUUCUCUUCAACAAGAAAGUGUACCAAUUGAAUUAUCAUUCCGAAGUUUAAUUGAUAAUAUUCCAGUAUCAUCAUUUGAUUAUUUAUUCCCGUAUACAUUGACUCUGGAUUCGCCAUUGAUAUAUCACUUCAAAGUUUUGGAUGAACACAAUGAAGGAAAUAAUGAAUCAACAAAUUCGUCAUCAUCACAAAAGAGAAAGAAAUUCUCAUGUGGAGGUCUUCAAAAAGAAUAUGAACAAUUGAAGAAAACAUUGAAACAAAUGAUUGAUUUACGAGAGAAUAAUGUCAGUGCUGGUGUAUUGAUACAUGGUUUGUCUGGUGUAGGAAAAUCACUUCUAGUUAAUACAGUUUUACAAGAUUUAUUCCAAGAAUCGUGUCAACAAUCGAAUAGUGAAGAAGAAGAACCAAGCAUUUUCACAAUACACGCAUCAAUGUUUUCUAGUAAGGUCUAUGGUCAAAACGAAGCCAAAAUGAAACAAUUCUUCCAAAACCCAAACGAAGAAGGGCAUUCUCAAUUAAUUUAUUCAUACAAAUUUAUUAUACUGGAAGAUUUGGAGCAAUUAGCUCCAUCCAAUCAAGUUAUACAGGAGAGUUCACUAAUGUCAAAGGGUGGUAAAAGAUUGGUGAGCACUUUACUUCAUUGCUUGGAUGAUUGUCCAAAAAAGAGAAUAAUUGUAAUAGGCAUUACAAACCAAUUCUCAAAGAUUGAUUCAUCCAUAAAGAGGUCAGGAAGAUUGGAUCAAACAGUUAUCGAGUGUCCAAUUCCAGGAGAAGCAGAGAGACUCAGCAUUUUAAAAUGUAUUUUUGAACAAUGUAGUUUGGUAGCUGAUGAAAAAGUUGUAAAUAAGGUUGCUGCUGUCACACAUGGUUUUGUUGGAUCGGAUCUGAAAUCGUUAUGUAAUGAGGCUAUUCUCCAAUAUUUCAUGAAAACAGAGCCAGUAGCUCUCGAAGAAGAACAAUCAAUGAUAUCUUUAGAUUAUGAAUUUUUCGAGAAUGCUCUUGUUCAUGUGAGGCCAAGUGCUAUCAGACACAUCCUUGUUGAAGUACCAAAAGUUUACUGGGAUGAUAUUGGAGGUCAGGACAAUGUCAAACAAGCUCUCAAAGAAUCGAUCGAAUGGCCUUUCAAACACUCUGAGCACUUUAAACGAAUGAAAAUAAGAGCACCAAGAGGUGUGCUUCUUUAUGGACCUCCAGGUUGUUCAAAAACGCUGAUGGCUAAAGCUUUAGCUACUGAGGCUAAAUUGAACUUUUUGGCUGUGAGAGGUCCUGAGCUGUUCAGCAAAUGGGUUGGUGAAAGUGAAAGAGCAGUCCAACAAAUUUUCUCAAAGGCAAGACAAGCUGCUCCAAGCAUUAUCUUCUUUGAUGAGAUUGAUGGCUUGGGAGUGGAAAGAGGAAGUGGAGGUAACUCUGUUGGUGAUAGAGUUCUGUCACAAUUACUCCAAGAAUUGGAUGGUAUUGAUCCUUUACAAGGAGUAACGGUAAUUGCUGCUACAAAUAGACCUGAUUUAUUGGAUAAGGCUCUGCUUAGACCUGGCAGAAUUGAUAGAAUGCUCUACGUAUCACCACCAGAUGAAGCUGCAAGAAGAGAAAUUGUGAAAAUCCAAUUGAAGAAAAUGGCAAAUAUUGUCUCACCAGAGGAAGUGGAAAAGAUUGUUCAAUCGACAACUAAUUACAGUGGUGCUGAAAUGACAGCUCUCUGCAGAGAAGCAGCUUACAUUGCACUCCAAGAAGAUAUCCACGCUCAACAUGUAGAGUUCAGGCAUUUUGAGGAAGCUGUCAAAUCAGUUCUUCCAAGAAUUACUAAGGAUAUGCUUGAAUUUUACAAGGAGUUUGCCAAUAAAAACAGAGCAGAUUAA